AAAUAUAUUUUUUUAAUUUCCCGCAUUUUUAUAUGGUCAUGACGCCAUGUUGAGCUGUGAGCCAAUAUGACAGUGCUCGUUGAACAAAAUUAAAAGUUCAACUUCCUAGUGGUUUAUGUACUUUGAUUGAAUGUUUUACAUACUUGGUAAAUUUUAAUAAUACAUACCUAUAAUAAAUAAUGGCUGAUAAUAUACAACAACCACAACCACCACAACAGCAACAACAACAACAACAACAACAACAAGUACAACAGCCUCAAGUACAAGUACAACCACAAGUACAACCACAAGUACAACAAAAUCAACCUCAACCACAAGUACAACAACUAUCACAAUUAUCAAUGCAAUUGCAACAGCAACAUCAGCAACAACAACAACAUGCACGUCAAGCACACCAAGUUCAACAAGCAGCUAUGCAAGCUAUGAUUCCUGGACAAAUUCCACAAGGACAAAUUAAUAUGCAGGGUGAAAUGCAACAGCAACAAAUUUAUCCUGGAAUGAUGGCUCAACAGAGACCACCAUAUACUGAUUACUUUGAAUUAAUUAGACAACAAAAUUUAUUAAAAUUUCAACAUCUUAGACAGACACUUAUGGUUGCUCAACAUCAACAAGAAGCAAGUAUGCAACAAACUUAUGCACAGCAACAACAAGAACAUUAUUACAGACAACAUUAUCAGGCACAACAGGCACAGUUGGGUCUAAUUCCAAAUCCUGGUAUGGCUGGACAUCAGUCAAAUACUCAAAGAAUGAUGAGACCAGUUGUCCCCAAUAAUUACAGUCAUCAUCAUCUUUUACAACAGCAACAACUUCAGCAACAUGGACAACAUUUACUUGAAAUGCAGCAACAAAUGAUUGAUCCAAGAAGCCAAAUGACAACUAGACCAAUGGCACCAGGAUAUCCACCACAAAAUCAACAAUAUAAUGAUGUAUCAAACUAUGAAUUAAUGGGUUAUUUACCAUAUUAUUAUCCAAUGUAAAUUUAGAACAAUUAAAUUAGUUUUUUUUUUAUUUUUGUAUAUUCAUAUUUAAUUAGCAAAAUUAAUUGUUAAUAAUAAUUAAUUGAUAAAUAAAAUACCACAGAAA